CCAUUGGCGACUGUCUACGCCAUCUUCAGUUUUUGCAGACUGAGACCAUAAGCGUAGGCUCGGGCUCGACGGAAAGAAGCCUAGCAGUAUGCAUAGCCGGUCGAAUGAGAUGACCAUAUUUGUCUAUAUAGAUCCUCAGGUAUAGGUCCUUUUUUAAUCCAGGGAGGGGCGAAAUUUGAGCAUUCUCGGAAAAUAAGCAGUUGCUACUGAGGGUAUCAUAGCAUUUGACGUACCCCAAUCCAUUCCUCGACCCGGAGGUUUAUCCUCGGCAGAAACAUCAAAAAGCUCGGUCCAGCAUCCGCACUAUCUUGACCCCAGGUCUCCAACUAUAAAGAUGGCCGGUAAGUUGUAAUUCACUACAACAUUAAUCGCCCCCCAUUAAUCAUAUUUGAUUCCUUUUGUCUACUUUGAUAUCUGCGCCUUCUUAACGGCCGAGUAAAGGACAAUGACAGAUCCGCUAAAAACGUUAGAAACCGAACCCCGCUAUCGCGAGAACAACAUCUCGCGAAGGAUCUUCCCCGUCGCCGGCAUCCAAACUGCUGUGUUCGGACUUGAUGAACUUCCACCCCAGGCAUCGGAGAUUGCAUGUCUCUGGCUUUUGCACCCGCGACUUGCAACUCAAGAACGCAUGGUCCCCAUUGCCACCGCCGUCAUCAAGGACUGGAACAAGCGGAUCCAAGAUGGUCGUGCGGGCUCUGGCAAGCCGGUCAAAGGGUUGAUUGCAGUGGCCUUUGAUCAGAGAAAUCACGGCACAAGAUUGGUUGAUCCCCUUUGCAAUGAGGCUUGGAGGCAGGGAAACCCGCGACAUGCCCAGGAUAUGUUUUCCGUCUUCCAGGGCACCGCGCGAGAUACCUCCUUGUUGAUUGAUUUUCUCCCGGCAUUUGUCUUUCCUAAAUCGGACCGCCGCAUCACCGAGAAUCUUGUCCUGGGCGUCUCUCUCGGCGGGCAUGCAGCCUGGAGCUGUAUCCUGCACGAACCUCGCAUCACCGCUGGCGUUGUAAUCAUUGGCUGCCCUGACUACGCAAACGUGAUGGCCGAUCGGGCUCGCCUUUCCAAACUCCCGUCAUACACAAGCACAACCCCACCUGGCGCACAGUUCCUAGGAUCAGAAGACUUCCCAGCCACCCUAUUAGAAGCCGUCCGCAAAUGGGAUCCUGCCGGUUUAUUCCUAUCCUAUUUAAGCCUUAGCCUAGGAGCGGAGCCUAUUCGCAGCGCUCCGAUCCCAGAGCCCACGGAGGCCCAGAGAACAGCCCUCCGGCCGCUUUUAACGCGCUGUUUAGCGGGGAAGAAGAUCCUCAAUCUCUCCGGGGGUGUCGACAAGCUGGUGCCGUACAGUAAAGGAGAAGCGUUCUUGACUUGGCUUAAACUGGCGGCUGGGCCUCAUGGCUGGUUCGCCGAUGGAGCCGUUACCCUUGAAGAUAUCAUUGAUCAGAACGCGGGGCACGAGGUUACACCGAAGAUGGUUGAUGAGGCCGUUAGAUUCAUUGGCGAUGCACUUGCCUCAGGCAAAGACGAGUUAGAGGCAUCCGUAAGGUCAUCUAAAAUCUAAGUAGUACCUAGAUGAGAUGCCGAAUCCAUAGUAAUAACGUUAAGUACAUAUAUAUGUAUAUAUAUAUAUACUGACGCGAGAUUCGCAACUACUCCUAGAUAUUACUGGAACGAGAGUAGGAAUGAGACAAGAAGACUAGUUGAGGAUGGUCCAUAAAUAUUCAGUUUACUCAACUCUAUGUAUUUAGCAAGUCACGACACAAAUUUCCAGAUCUAGAGUAGCAGAUUCCUGUGUUUUCGCCAAUAGUUGGACAUAAAUGUUGGAAGGACUGAAUGCCCCUUUCCCAGGCCGACGCACCAUGGACCAA